UACUGUAUUUGUGUUGUAGAUGUAGUGUAAUGGUACUGUAACCUGCUGUAAGACAAUGGUGAGCCGCGUGAGGCUACAGUACUGUAAGGUGAUCCUUGUCACCUCCAUGGUCUGGUUCCUCAUCGAUGUCUUCAUCCUUAUGUACUAUACUGACUGUGCGGCCAUGGGAUCAGGCGCAGAAUGCAAGGGAAAAAAUGAUAACCAGCCACGUAUGGAUGAUAAACACCGGGGCAGUGAUGAGGGGUUCCUAGGCAAGCUCCUACCUAAAGGAUUAAUACAGCGACCUCCCACUGGCCCAGGGGAGAUGGGCAAGGGUGUGGUCGUACCCUCUGACAGACAGAGCGAGGCCAAGGAAAAGUUUAAAAUCAACCAGUUUAAUCUGGUGGCCAGUGACAUGAUGUCACUCAACCGGUCUCUCCCUGACUACAGGAUGGACGCGUGUAAAAGGAAAAAGUAUGCUCCAGUGGCUGACCUACCCACCACCAGUAUAGUAAUUGUGUUCCACAAUGAGGCUUGGUCCACCCUCCUACGUACGGUACACAGUAUCAUCAACCGUUCACCACCUCGCCUCCUUAAGGAGAUCAUCUUGGUGGACGAUGCCAGUGAGCGAGAAGAACUUGGCAGGAAGCUUGAGAAGUAUAUAGCAACCUUGUCCGUAAGCACCAAGGUCAUGAGAUCAGAGGCGAGGAAUGGACUGAUCCGGGCAAGACUAACAGGAGCGGCGGCUGCUAAGGGAGAUGUAAUAACAUUCCUAGACGCUCAUUGUGAGUGCACGGAGGGCUGGCUAGAGCCUCUUUUAGCCGAGAUCCACAAGGACAGGACAUCUGUGGUGUGCCCUAUCAUUGAUGUGAUCAGUGAUGAUACCUUUGAGUAUAUCACAGGGUCGGACAUGACAUGGGGAGGCUUUAACUGGAAGCUCAACUUCAGAUGGUAUCCAGUUCCUCAGAGGGAACUGGACCGACGAAAUGGAGACCGCAGUAACCCCACAAAAACCCCCACAAUGGCCGGUGGACUAUUCGCCAUUGACAGAAGUUACUUCUAUGAAGUUGGUUCCUAUGAUGAAGGCAUGGAUAUAUGGGGUGGGGAGAACUUGGAGAUGUCCUUCCGAGUGUGGAUGUGUGGGGGCCAGGUGUUUAUUGUGACCUGCUCCAGGGUCGGACAUGUGUUCAGAAAGACCUCGCCCUACUCCUGGCCAGGGGGCGUGGCACGUAUUAUCAACCAUAACACACAGCGCAUUGUAGAGGUGUGGAUGGAUGAAUACAAAGAGUUCUUCUAUAAAAUAAAUCCAGCGGUGAAGAGCACCAGUUAUGGGGAUGUGACAGCCAGAAAGGACAUGAGGAAGAAGGCAAAUUGUAAAAGUUUCCGCUGGUACCUGGAGAACGUGUAUCCAGAGUCUCAGAUGCCUGUGGACUACUUUGCACUGGGAGAGAUCCGUAACAAAGAGACGGGUCACUGUAUAGACAGUAUGGGAAGGAAGAGUGGGGAGAAAGUCGGCCUCGUCAACUGUCACGGCAUGGGAGGCAACCAGAUAUUUUCUUACACCAAAAAGAAAGCGUUACAAACAGAUGACUUGUGUUUGGAUGUGUCGUCCAUUGGUGGGCCGGUAAAAUUGUUUCAGUGUCAUGGUCUGGGUGGCAACCAGCAGUGGGAAUAUAACGGACAGUCAUUGGAGCUGCGACACAUCAAUAGUAAACAGUGUUUAGGUGCUGCCAAGCCUUCGGACAGGGAGGCGCCAACUAUUGGAGCAUGUGAUGGUAGUGCGACUCAAAAAUGGAUAAUUAAAGACAUGAAAUGGUGAUAUAGGAUGUAGUUUAGGAUUUAAUGUAAAGACAUGUGAUAAAUAAUAAAGCUUGUUAUAUCAAUAACUGCCACACCAGUGAGAAUGGAGACUCCAGACAGUGUUCACUGAUGUGUGGUGCACUGCAAUGUGUUCUUAUUGAUGAUAAUGACAUCAAUUAUCAAACCAAUACCUCGACCAACCCUGGAAAGGAUCAGUGUCAUUGGAGCAGCAGAUGUCAAUGUCAUUGGGCAGGCCAAUGUCGGUGUCAUGUGGCAGGCCAGUGUCAGUGUCAUGGAGCAGGCCAAUGUCAGUGUCAUGGGGCAGGCCAAUGUCAGUGUCAUGGGGCAAGCCAAUGUCAGUGUCAUGGGGCAGGCCAAUGUCAGUGUCAUGGGGCAGGCCAAUGUUUCUGUCACAGGGCGCCGCCUAUGCCAGUGUCAUAGGGCACAUUCAGUGUCAUACGAGGCGGCCAAUGUCGGUGUCACAGGGCACGGCAAAUGUCACUGUCACGGGGCCCAGCUAAUGUCAUUGUCACAGGGCCCAGCCAGUGUAUGUGUCACAGGGCCCAGUCAAUGUCACUGUCACAGGGCAUGGCCAAUUUCACUGUCACAGGGUGCGGCCAAUGUCACUGUCACGGGGCCCAGCUAAUGUCAUUGUCACAGGGCACAGCCAGUGUAUGUGUCACAGGGCCCAGCCAAUGUCACUGUCACAGGGCAUGGGCAAUGUUAGUAUCACUGUCACCGGGCGCUGCCACUGUUGGUGUCACACGAGGUGGCGAACGUCACCGUCACAGGGCUUGGCCGAUUUCACUGUCAUAGGGCGUGGCCAGUGUAUGUGUCUCAGGGCGAGGCCAAUGUCACCGUCACCGGGCAAGGCCAAUGUCAGUGUCACUGUCUUGGGGCGUGGCCAAUGUAAGGAUCACUGGGCGUGGCAGAUAUAGCAGUUGUUGGUUAUGCUAUGUAUAAAAGGAAGAGCUAUAGUUAUGGAUAUAUGCUACCUUACUUUUAUUUGUCUCUCCCUUACAAAAAAGUUUCUCAAUAAAAUAUGUUAACCCAGGUUAUUUGUCAGUAAUGAUUCAGAAAUUCUUAAUUUAUUAGCAACACAUUAAAAUGUACACUAAGAUUGAAUGCAUUUGCUUGAAAUUUUAGAACAUGUUUAAGGGAUUGAAGCAAAAAUUAUAAUUUGUAAGGUAGCAUAUAAACUGAGACUGGUAUGUUGGGAGCCUGCAAAUGCAUAUAAUAAGACAUAGUGAGGUCAAAGCUAGUCAUUAUCCUACUUAAUUAUGUACUGAGUUAUCUUUUACAUAGUCCUAAGGUAGCAAGUCAUUCACAUCCUGUAACAUAUUAUUGUAAGUUAACAAUGAACUUAUAUGAAUGGUGGCAAGUGUUACUGUGGCCGCUGUUCAACUAAGUAUACCCAUUUAGAUCAUUAGAUGCUGCAUAUUUAUGUUUUUAUCAAUUUUAUUGUUGAUUUAUGAUGAUCAGAAACCAUUCCGACAGUUCUGUAAAGCUUGACAAUGACUGACCCUGGUCUGAUCCAGUCUGUUUGAGGAGGUUUCAGGUCUCAUCCAGCAGGUAUCUGGUCAGUAAAAGAAGUAUCUGUUCCAGGAUGGAUCUGGACAGUAUUAGGGGGUCCAGAAUUUAGCAGGUCUGUAUUUGGGGGGUUAACUAUUCCACAAUUUAGCUUGUCUGUAUUAGGGGGUAUCUGUUUCAUAAUUAAGCUGGAUAGUAUUGGGGGGUAUCGGUUCCAGAAUUUACUAGGUCUGUAUUCGGGGGUUAUCUUUUCCAUGAUUUAGCUUGUCUGUAUAAGGUGGUGUCUGUUCUAUAAUUUAGAUAAACAGUAUUAGAGAACAUCUGUUCCACUAUUCAGCAGGUCUGUAUUAGGGGGUCUCUGUUCCACGCAUUUGUUUGUUUGUAAAAGGGGAUUAUCUGUUCCAUGAUUUUCGCUGGUCUGUUCUAGGGGGUAUUUGUUCCAUGAGUUAGCUUGUUUGUAUUUUGGCACAUCUUUUCCGGGAUUGAUCUGGACUGAAUUAGAGGGCAUCUGUUCCAGGAUUGAUCUGUUCCACAAUUCAUCAGGUCUGUAUUAGGGGAUCUCUGUUCCACAAUUCAUCAGGUCUGUAUUAGGGGAUCUCUGUUCCACAAUUCAUCAGGUCUGUAUUAGGGGAUCUCUGUUCCACUAUUCAUCAGGUCUGUAUUAGGGGAUCUCUGUUCCACUAUUCAUCAGGUCUGUAUUAGGGGAUCUCUGUUCCACUAUUCAUCAGGUCUGUAUUAGGGGAUCUCUGUUCCACUAUUCAUCAGGUCUGUAUUAGGGGAUCUCUGUUCCACUAUUUAGCAGGUCUGUAUUAGGGGAUGUCUGUUCCACAAUUCAUCAGGUCUGUAUUAGGGGAUCUCUGUUCCACAAUUCAUCAGGUCUGUAUUAGGGGAUCUCUGUUCCACAAUUCAUCAGGUCUGUAUUAGGGGAUCUCUGUUCCACUAUUCAUCAGGUCUGUAUUAGGGGAUCUCUGUUCCACUAUUCAUCAGGUCUGUAUUAGGGGAUCUCUGUUCCACUAUUCAUCAGGUCUGUAUUGGUGGGGAGGGCAGUUCCAGGAUUAAGCUGACUGUGUUUGGGGGUUGGGGGCGUCUGUUCCAGACAGUAUCUAGUCAGUAUUAGAGGGGUAUCUGUUUCGUGAUUAUCUGGUCUGUAUGAAGGCGAUGGGGAAACUGUGUCGGAUAUCUGCUGCAGGAGGUAUCUGGUCGGUCAUAUUUGUCAUCAAAUAGGGGCGGCUAGUUACCCUAGACUUGAGAUCAGAUUAGGGUCAGUCACCAUAGAUCUGAUCUAUGAUCUGUGAUCCUUGACCUGAGACUAGAUUGUAGUCUAUGACCCUUGACCUGAGAUCAGAUUGAUGUCUAUGACCCUUGACCUGAGAUCAGAUUGAAGUCUAUGACCCUUGACCUGUGCUCAGAUUGAGGUCUAUGACCCUUGACCUGAGAUCAGAUUGUAGUCUAUGACCCUUGACCUGAGAUCAUAUUAGAGUCAGCCAUCCUUGACCUGUGAUCAGAUUGAAGUCUAUGACCCUUGACCUGAAAUCAGAUUAGAGUCGGCCAUCCUUGACUAGAGGUCAGAUUAGUUUGACAUGAGAUAAGACUGCAGUCCGUCAUUGUUGACCUAUGACCAGACUAGAAAUGGUCAAACUUGACCUUAGCUGCAGAGUCAGUCGUUGGCAUUUCAUACCAAGCUUUAUAUGUGGAAAAUCUCAAACCUGAAAUCUUGAGAAUCGGAAAAUUAGUUUUAAACUGAACUUCAGCCAUGUUUAAACUUGUGAACUAUUAUGCUGAAUUGCUUUUCUGAUUGGUUAUAGUGUACACAGGAAAUAUUAAAUGGAAAUUUAAUGGACUUUCUGACAUGAAAUACCCUAUAAUAUAGCUACACAUAAUUUUAACUUAUUGAUUGAGGAUAGCUGGACUGAAUAUUUUAUGAUGUAUGUCUGGAAAACUGAUGAGUCAUAAUACAAUACUUAUUUUUAUAUGAAUUAUGUGCAAGAUGGACAUUUGCUAGCAUCAUCGUUUCAAAUUGAAUGAAAGUGUGUAAGGAUUUGGGUAUGAGAGUGUAUUUGUUUGCAAGGGAUUGAGAAGGGAACCUGAAACAUCAUUGUACUUAAAUUAUAUAUCUUUAUAUAUAGCUAUAUUUAGUAUUCUAAAAAUACUUUAAAUUUUGUUUGUAUAUUUUGAUUUGUAUAUUUUAACUAUAUAUAUGCAAUGUGUAGUGUAGAAAAGCAUAUGUAAACAAUUAUUAAUGUACAUUUAAUCUAUAACUAAUAUUCCACUACACCUUCUAGCCGUCAGCUGUCUGGUCUAAAUCAAUAAGACUUCCUGAGUAUUCCACAUCUGUGGGGUUUGAUACCAAACAUGUUGCUCUCAUUGCUGUGUUAAAGUAAUGAAGAAUUAUGAACCUAUUCUUCCCUGAUUACAUAAGGAAACAGAAUGCCCGAAUGAAAGUAAACUAAUUAAUUUAUGUUGAGGUUUAUCAAAUUGAUUUAGUUAUUGAGUGAUAUUGAAAUAUAUACUAAAGAAAUUGUUUGUAUUUUUGGACUUUGUUGCUAAGCAGACUGAAAUUUCAACAAGGAAUUUGACAAGAAUGUACAUGAUUGCUUGUGGGUAGUGUGCCGGAGUACAAAUUACCAGAUCCAAUGGCCAAGUAUAUAUUUUCAAUCAAUCAAUUUAGCAAAGUAAUCAAAUGUUAACAUUUUGUUUAAGCUGUCUGAUACCUAUCUUUGGACACUCACCAAACCUUUCUAGGAUAUUUCAGGUUUAAGGUUUGAUGUAUGUAAAAGCAGGGUCCAUCUCUAUAUUUUUCUUCACACAGUUAUGAUUUGCCAUUGAUAAUGUUUGGAAUAUAACCAUGAGAUGUCUGUCUAGCUAACAUUAUCAUUUAUGGGGUCAUUUCGAGGUAUAAUUCAAUGUACCAUGGUACAUCUUUGUUACUGCUCUUCCUGUUGUAUUCCUGAUGGGCCUGGUGGAUCCCUCGUGAGCUUUACAAGCCUUGUAUACUAUUUGUAAGCCUUGAAUAUCCCAGGUGAGCAUGAUAUGUUUGGUAAGCCUGGUAUAUCCAUGGUGAGCCUUGAGUAUCCCUGGUGAGCCUUGAAUAUCCCUGGUGAGCCUCCAUUAUCCCUGGUGAGCCUAGGAUGUUUGGUAAGCCUGGUAUAUUUAUGGUGAGCAUGGAGUUUCCCUGGUGAGCCUCGAGUAUCCCUGGUGAGCCUCCAUUAUCCCUGGUGAGCCUAGGAUGUUGGGUAAGCCUGGUAUAUCCAUGGUAAGUCUUGAGUAUCCCAGGUGAGCCUCAUGUAUCCCUGGUGAGCCUCCAUUAUCCCUGGUGAGCCUAGUAUGUUUGGUAAGCCUGGUAUAUCCAUGGUAAGCCUGGAGUAUCCCUGCUGCGCCACCUGUACCCUUGUUUAGUUGUGUAAGCAUGACGAAUUUGGUGUAACCAUGGUAACUGCUAUGUAUCUGUAAGUGAGCCUCUUGUGGCUGGAGGUCAUGGUGGUAUAACAAGUGUUCCUUUUGUGUUCAGAACACCAGUGUAUGUUCAGAUUGUUGAUUUUAGUCUUUAUUGACUGUUUAAACCAUCUAUGUCGACUCCAGACUUGUGUAAGUAUCUACCAGAGGUAAUAUUACCCCACUAUGUAACUAUGGUAAAAGUGUUUCGCCCCUAGUUUGACACCCAUGUGGGCACCGUGCGUCCCUAUGCUAUAUUCAACUCCAACCAUUUCCAAACCAUCCGUAAAUGUUACUUUUGUGGUCCCUUUUUGAAAGAGGAUUGUUCCACAUUCUGAUUCUGCAAAUUUGUAUAACCUGUGCAAUAGAUUUAUGAGUACCUCUCCAUUUUUAGUUUUAUGAAAUUGGUUUUACAGCGGUGAAAAUAAGAAAACUGCAUUCUCCUUCAUUUGGCGUUUGAUGAUUUACACACUAUCUGUGGCAUACACAAUGUUUUAUCUAAAUUUUUCACAUAUUGAGUAAUUUCCAAAUAUGUUCCGAGUACAUGUAAUAAUAUGUAAAAAUGAAUAAUUUUGAAAAUUCAACUAAGUGAUUUGGAAAAAAAAGUAAGUUUUUAAAACUGCUGGCGUGCUGGUCGAUAAACCAUCCUUACAUAUUACUGAUAUUCCAAAGAUCUAGGUACCGGUUUUGCUAAAAGUGGGUCUUGUGUAAAUGGUUAUACCUUUGUCCAAGAUGGUUCCCCUUUAAGAUGACGUUGUUGUCAUUACUGCCAUUCUUGACACUAAUGCGGACGGACAGUCAUUUUACCAAAUACUACCCCCAGGUAAAGUUCAGGUAUGAAGCAAUUAAAAUUGCCUUUGUUGGCAGUUUAUUGUGUUUUCAGUGUGGUCAUUAUUCACGAUGACCAUCCUACUUAUCACAAUUUAAAACUCCAUCACGAGAGUUCAUCGGACACUUGUUUAAAUACAAGAAUUUUAUGACAAGGAGAAGAUAGAUUGUAUUAUUUUGAAGACAAAAUUCUCAUUUCUGUUCUUGUAUUAUUGAAAUUAAUGUUUUUGUAGUUUUUGAUUUAAGGUUAUUUAAAAGGUGGACCUAUAUUUUUUACUUUGCAUGGUAUAACCAAAUCGCCUAUAGAUGUAUCAAUGACUGAUACGUUCUGCAGGUUUGUCUUUAGCAAUGUUGAUGUCGACUGGUGACCUGGGCUUUGUUCAGUAUUUACAUGUCAUCUAGGUUUGACGUGUAUCGGAUGUAGGUGACCUGUACUCUUUUACAGCGUGCAGUUUCCGUUGUUUGACGUAUGUCAGAUUGCAAUUGGUGACCUGCACCUCCUCCAGUACUGGGUAUUAAAUGCCCUUGUUCUUGCUAUUUCCAUGUAUUGUUGGAUAUGUUAUGUUUUAAGAAAAUCAUUUACAAUUGGAACUUGUUUUAUAUAUCUGGCGAUCGUUCUGAAUUCCUACGAGCUGAAGUAUUACAGAGGCCAAACAGCUUUGAUAUUAUUUAACCGCAUGUUUGUAACAUUCCUGGGCCUGGCUGUAUGUCCAGCCCUUGACGCUGUGAUUGUUUAGUAGUCAAUCAAUAUACGUAUUACAACUCAAAUAUCUAUCAAAAUUGGAAUCAAAAUCAACAGGAUUAUGUUUGGAAAACAUUUUGUUUUUUGCUUUUUCAAUGUAAUAUGACUUUUAGAAUGUAUUUCUUGUAUCUUAUUUUCCCACCAUAUUAAAAUCAAAUUAUUUACCAUUCAUACAACAUUAAUUCAUUUUAUUGUUUUAUUGUGAUUUUAUAGAUUGCUUUAAUCAAUGUUUAUAAUAUUUCAGUAGUUUGUAGAAGUUAUAAUUUUCUCGAUGUAUACUACAAUGUUAGACAUUUUUAUAUCAAUCUGUUUUAUGAAACUAAUGACAUUUUCUCUUUAUUGACCGGAAGCAUUUAUUGCAUGAACUAGGUUUUGGAAUGAUAACCCAUAAAUUUGAAGCAAAAAAAAACAUAAUUUAUCAAACGAAUACUAGUAUGUUAUGACAGUUAUGGUAAUAAUUUGUAAGAAACAUUAAAUUUAUACCAUCGGCAUUGUUUUGAUGAAGCAUAUUUUUCUUCAUAUUUUAAAACAAUUUCUAUCUGCAUGUUAUAGUGGUGUUUAGAGAACACCUAGACAAUGCCAUACAACAGCUACACAAACGCAAUCUAAUCGAAAUUAUAUCUUCACAUCGCUCCCGUCUACUGAUAUGUCGCGUUAUAUCCGAAAACGGGAGCUAUGUGAAGAUAUAAUUUCAAUAAGAUUGACACAAACGUCACAAAUGUGAUCAUUAUAGGAUAACUCGUUCUUAGUAUCAAAUUAAUCCGAAAAUCAUGAUGCUAGUAUUUCUGUUAUCUUUUUCGAGAAAAAGUUUUACCCAGUUAAAUGUGUGAUGAUAGUUUUCCUUGUUAGUAUAUGUAUGUGUCAGUGCUUUAAGCGGUGGGCGGGGCUAGUCUGUGUGCCAUGUUUUGAUGUGCUCAUUCACGUGUAGGGUCUGCAUGGUCUACGCCAAUAUACCAAGUCACUUGAUUUAAGUUGAUCACGGAAAAUUGUUAGUUAAUGCACUAUAUGUGUCUGUUGUCUUGGUACAUGAACUUAGAUCUUGGUCAGAUUUUAAAUUCUGUGCCAGAACGUUUGAUCCAUUCGGCACAACAAUUAAAGUUACACGUUGGAUUGUAAUAUUUAUAUAUUUUUUAAUACUAAUAGAAAGGUACACAAGGUAACAUUGAAUGAAUUCGAUCUGAACUUUUUUCAGGACUUGUAUUUGAAAUUAUAUUUACUUAAAUGUUUCGUACGUUUUUUAGUUUUUAGUUAUCAUUUUAUUAUAUACAAACAUAUAUACUUUAUAGACUGUACCCGGCACAGGCCAUAGGCAGAUUUACUUGUCGACCAUACGGGGUACAUGCAUUUCAUGUAUUACAUGGACGUUAAUUUAUUUAAAGAAUCGCAUGAUUCACACUGUAACGUGAACUAUUAUAUAUCAUUGUCGGCCAUGUUAUCACGUGACUUUGUCUUAUUGUCGUAUUCUAAUUUUGAGAUUGAAAUUAUUUAAAAAAACCAAAUCUAAAGUAGUAAUUUACAAAACGGACACUUGGUAUUUAUCCAAAGAAUGAUGUAGCAAACGAGAGUGAAUGACCUAGGUCUGUGUAUAUAAAGGUGUUGGCAAUAGUUAGGUAGGCCACACACCAGUGCCAACCUAGUCGGGUGUUAUUGCGGCAAGGCCCCAUAUAAUGCACUAGGUGUCUUGAUUUUUAUUUAUUUUAAGCAUAAAUAUUGUUUAAGUGGCAAGAUGAAUACAAGGUUUUAACACGAAAUUGGGUUUGUCUCAUCAAAUACCGCUAAACAAUGAGACGCAUACCAAUCCAGAUUGUUUAAUCACGGACUUAGAUAAUCUAAUUCCGUGGUUUAAUCAAAUAUUAGAAGGAUAAAUCACACGAAACUAUAAUAAAUAAAUAAUUGUAACAAAAGUUGAUUUUCUAGAAAAUAUUGGGAAAUGGUUAAUAUUCCGUGUGUAUAACUUAAUGAGUUAUUGCUUCCUACAACCAUUGUUUCAGAAGGUUCAUGGCCCUUGAAUACAUGUUAAUCGUAAUCGAUACACGAGCCCGUGACUGCUGUGUCGGAUAAACGUCGUUGUUUGUAUCGAGAUGAGACACCUAGUUGUCGUCCAGUGUGUUUAUAUGGUUAUGGAGUAGAACUAUAUGCAAGUUUGUACACUUUUUUGAGCUUAGUGUAUUCUCAUCGUUAUUCAAACUUGUUAACACAUCAUUCAUUAAACAGAACAUAUUCUA